AUGCACGCGCAGCAGAUGGUCCCCCUACACGGCCUCUGCGGAUACGCCCCUGGCCAGAUUGCCGCCUACAGCAAUGGCUCACAUAGCACCUUUACCAACAAGCGGCACUACGAGCAACAUUACUUCAUGGGGUACAAAUGGCAGUGCGUCGAGUUCGCACGCCGUUGGCUGCUGCAUCGCAAAGGAUUAGUGCUUCCGCAGUAUGACUUUGCCGCCCAUUUCGUGUACCUGCGCAAAGUCCACGACAUUCACACGGGCACUGCUGUACCGUGCCAGUUUGUUCCGCAGGGUGCUGAGGAGCCGCCGCAGGCCGACAGUCUGAUUGUGUACCCCGGGACCAGCGAGAACAUCGUGGGCCACGUGGGCGUCAUCACGCACGUGGCGUCCGACAGUGUUGGCGUGGCCGACCAGAACCGCUUCUUCCAUUACUGGGGCGAGCGGUCAUGCUCAGCGGAAUUCCCGCUGGAGUGCGUAGGCGGGCGGUACUACAUCCGUGACCCAGAGGUGGAGUGUCGCGGCUGGAUCGCGUUCCCUGAGUGCCCCAACCUCCCGGAGGGCGAAUCACUCUCUGUGGAGCCGUACAUGCGUGGGCCGCAGUCGCUUGGCUUGUGCCAGCGCCUGUCGUAUAUUAUUGGGCAGUUCUGGUCGUGCUGCAUCGGGCGAGAAAGCACCACAUACUGCCUGCAUAAAGGGCGCCAGUGA